CUCCCUAACCGAUUCCCCUUCAUUCUAUUCCUAUUCUUUUAUUUUGAACCUUCAGACAACCACUGUCCCCCUGUCCCACUGCCUCUCAUGUCUAACAUCCAUACCUUGCCGGAGGACUGUGUCUCCGCCAUUCUGUCCCUCACUUCUCCGGUGGACGUCUCCAGAUUCUGCUCCGUCUCCUCCUCUCUCCGCUCCCCUGCUCUCUCCGAUCUCCUCUGGCUCUCCUUCUUGCCCUCUGACUACUCCGACAUCGUCUCCAGGGCUGUCGCCCCUCUUGUCUUCUCCUCCAAAAGAGACCUCUUCUACGCUCUCACACGUCCAUUUCUCAUUGAUAAUGGCUCCAAGAGCUUCCAGUUAGACAAGUGGUCUGGUAAAAAAUGUUAUAUCUUAUCAGCUACGGAAUUGUCUGUGACGGGGGGCGACGACCCCAUGUUAUGGAGCUGGACGCUCAUGCCCGAGUCAAGGUUCUCGGUGGUGGCUCAUCUCAGAAGAGUGAGCUGGUUGGAAAUAGAAUGCAAAAUCAGAACUGGGAUCCUCACACCCAACACUUGGUACGGGGCUUAUCUGGUAUUGAAGGUGUCUCGUGGAGCGUAUGGUCUGGACAGUGCUGCUUCGGAAGUAACGGUGGAAAUGGGAAACAUGGUGAAGAAAGGGAAGGCCUAUCUGUGCGAGAAAGACGAGAGAAAGCAGAAGAUGGAGAGUCUAUUUUAUAGUAACCGGAGAGAGAUGUUGAGGGGGUCGUCGGCGAGGGAAGAAGAUGAAAAAUACCCUUCGAGAAGAGAAGACGGGUGGACGGAGAUCGAGUUAGGGGAGUUCUGCAGCGGGGAAGAAGACCGAGAAGUGAAGAUGAGUUUGAGGGAAGUGGGAUAUCAACUAAAAGCAGGACUUAUCGUCGAAGGCAUUCAGUUCAGACCAAAACCAUGAUCACAGUACCAAACGCACCGUGUGAGAAUAGGUCCACAGUGUAUAUGCUCCCCCUGCGUACUCCUGUUUUGUCUUCAAAAAUUUCAGAGCAUGUAAUUAUUAUUUUUGUUCAAUAAUAUCUUGUUAAAUGGAGUGCGUUAAAU